AUGCUCAACGAUCUUUCCGUGCGUGCUAUUGAUGAGGAUAAGCUAUCUGAUUGCAGCGGUUAUGACAUCCUUGCGGGGGAUGCAUCAAAACCGUUCGAAGAUGAAUACCUGAUUGGUGGCGCUUUUUCCGAACCUGAAGUGCUUCCAAGCCUUCAAAAUCGAUGGUAUCGUCGCAGAAGGCGUGCCCACAGACGGUGUGAUGUAGUCCGAAGCCAACGCACUGUCGUAGUGGUAAAACAACCUAAAAUUGACCUUGAUAAAAUCAUGGUUGUCGCCUUUGAUAAGAUUCAUGCAACUGAUGGCGCUCAGGAAUCCGUUGCCGUCCAAACGUCACCCCAGGGAGAUGGAAGCAAAGACGUGGACAUAAAGAAGAUAAAUGACGGGCAAUUAAGGAAUACUCUUGGACGUGGAACUGCUUUCUGGCGAAAAGGCAAGGCUUAUAUAGAUGAUAAAGCCAGUGAAUCCAGUGUUAAAUCAGGAGUUCAGCUAAAUAAACGAAAUCAUCCAUCAGAAAGCGCAUUGAAGAAACUGUUACGAUUUGUAAAGCCAUCGGGUCGGUCAAACUCUAAUGAUGGUGCUCCAGCGACACGGAUCUUUUCAGGUCGAACCCUGGAUAGAGGCACGGUUGCCUUUACCUCUUCUCAACACCCAAGUCUUUGCAAUCCAUUUGCACGUCCUCCUUUUCCCGAAGGUGUCAGUACUGCUCCGGUCCACAAUCUCACUUUUGGAGGUGCUCCGAGGUCUCAUUUUGUGCGAUUGCAUUCAAGCCAACACCAAAAUACACAAUUCAUAGUUGAUAUGGAUAACCCCCAGGUCGUCAUUCCUCAAACCCUCAAUCUCAACUCAGAUUCUGCUCUUUUAUAUGCCAACACAAUACCUAAACAGGUCUUCCAAAUACCUUUUGCUCAAACAGCAGUAAGUCAUCAACCUACAAGUCCUAUAUUACAAUUUUCUGGAAUGCAGGCAGUACAACCAUCACUUUCCAAGACUACUCAGCUAGACGAAGGAAACUAUGUAUCAUUGGGAAGGCAACAAAACUACGCAGAACUAACAUUUUCACCCACUGGUGUAGGUCCCUCAGAGGUAGUUAUGCUACCCAAUAGCGCGGACUCUACUCUAACUCACAUACCUCCACCUAUGGCAACACUCAGUCUCUCGAAACUCAAAUCGGUACUCUCUUCUUGUCCUCAGAAUCCACAGACAACUUUAUUGUCUCCUGAAGCUACUAUAGAGACCUGUGCCGUCUCAACAGCAGGCUCGUUUGUUGCACCGGGACCUGGUAAUAAUGAUAGAGAGGGAACGAUCAAUCAAUUGUAUGACUUAAACCUUAGUUGUUGCUCAGCUGCCUAUGAAACAGUCUCUGAUGUAAAAAAUUCCAAAGUUCCGGGAUCGAGUGAUACGGCAUCUUCAAAAAGUGAUAGGAAAGUAUAUGAAGAUGCUGAGGCAUUAUAUCGACACCUUUCAAACGUGAAAGUCCUUGAUGAAGUUGGAUCAUCUUUAAUGUUGCCAAAUCACCAUUCGCCGCCAGAGCCGACCAGUACUCCUCAUUCGGAUGCAUUCUGA